UGUCAGUGAGCCUGGGGCCAGCGGGCGAGCCAGCGGCUCCGGCUCCCGCUCCCGCUCCGCGCAGCACCGGCCCGACUCUCCCCGGCCCCCGCCGCGCCCCCUCGCCGCGACCUCGGCCACCAGCCCGCGCCCCGCGCCCGGGGUCGCCCCGAGCCCGCACCUCUCCCCCGCCGCCCCCGCCCACCCGGCCCUCCGCGGCCGCAGCUCCCCGGUGGAGGCAAGAGGUGGUUGGGGGGGACCAUGGCUGACGUUUUCCCGGGCAACGACUCCACGGCGUCUCAGGACGUGGCCAACCGCUUCGCCCGCAAAGGGGCGCUGAGGCAGAAGAACGUGCACGAGGUGAAGGACCACAAAUUCAUCGCGCGCUUCUUCAAGCAGCCCACCUUCUGCAGCCACUGCACCGACUUCAUCUGGGGGUUUGGGAAACAAGGCUUCCAGUGCCAAGUUUGCUGUUUUGUGGUCCACAAGAGGUGCCAUGAAUUUGUUACUUUUUCUUGUCCGGGUGCGGAUAAGGGACCCGACACUGAUGACCCCAGGAGCAAGCACAAGUUCAAAAUCCACACUUACGGAAGCCCCACCUUCUGCGAUCACUGUGGGUCACUGCUCUAUGGACUUAUCCAUCAAGGGAUGAAAUGUGACACCUGCGAUAUGAACGUUCACAAGCAAUGCGUCAUCAAUGUCCCCAGCCUCUGCGGAAUGGAUCACACUGAGAAGAGGGGGCGGAUUUACCUAAAGGCUGAGGUUGCUGAUGAAAAGCUCCAUGUCACAGUACGAGAUGCAAAAAAUCUAAUCCCUAUGGAUCCAAACGGGCUUUCAGAUCCUUAUGUGAAGCUGAAACUUAUUCCUGAUCCCAAGAAUGAAAGCAAGCAAAAAACCAAAACCAUCCGCUCCACACUAAAUCCGCAGUGGAAUGAGUCCUUUACAUUCAAAUUGAAACCUUCAGACAAAGACCGACGACUGUCUGUAGAAAUCUGGGACUGGGAUCGAACAACAAGGAAUGACUUCAUGGGAUCCCUUUCCUUUGGAGUUUCGGAGCUGAUGAAGAUGCCGGCCAGUGGAUGGUACAAGUUGCUUAACCAAGAAGAAGGUGAGUACUACAAUGUACCCAUUCCGGAAGGGGACGAAGAAGGAAACAUGGAACUCAGGCAGAAAUUCGAGAAAGCCAAACUUGGGCCUGCUGGCAACAAAGUCAUCAGUCCCUCUGAAGACAGGAAACAACCUUCCAACAACCUUGACCGAGUGAAACUCACGGACUUCAAUUUCCUCAUGGUGUUGGGAAAGGGGAGUUUUGGAAAGGUGAUGCUUGCCGACAGGAAGGGCACAGAAGAACUGUAUGCAAUCAAAAUCCUGAAGAAGGAUGUAGUGAUUCAGGAUGAUGACGUGGAGUGCACCAUGGUAGAAAAGCGAGUCUUGGCCCUGCUUGACAAACCCCCGUUCUUGACGCAGCUGCACUCCUGCUUCCAGACAGUGGAUCGGCUGUACUUCGUCAUGGAGUAUGUCAACGGCGGGGACCUCAUGUACCACAUUCAGCAAGUAGGAAAAUUUAAGGAACCACAAGCAGUAUUCUAUGCGGCAGAGAUUUCCAUCGGAUUGUUCUUUCUUCAUAAAAGAGGAAUCAUUUAUAGGGAUCUGAAGUUAGAUAACGUCAUGUUGGAUUCAGAAGGACAUAUCAAAAUUGCUGACUUUGGGAUGUGCAAGGAACACAUGAUGGAUGGAGUCACGACCAGGACCUUCUGUGGGACUCCAGAUUAUAUCGCCCCAGAGAUAAUCGCUUAUCAGCCGUAUGGAAAAUCUGUGGACUGGUGGGCCUAUGGCGUCCUGUUGUAUGAAAUGCUUGCUGGGCAGCCUCCAUUUGAUGGUGAAGAUGAAGACGAGCUAUUUCAGUCUAUCAUGGAGCACAACGUUUCCUAUCCAAAAUCCUUGUCCAAGGAGGCUGUUUCUAUCUGCAAAGGACUGAUGACCAAACACCCAGCCAAGCGGCUGGGCUGUGGGCCUGAGGGGGAGAGGGACGUGAGAGAACAUGCCUUCUUCCGGAGGAUCGACUGGGAAAAACUGGAGAACAGGGAGAUCCAGCCACCAUUCAAGCCCAAAGUGUGCGGCAAAGGAGCAGAGAACUUUGACAAGUUCUUCACACGAGGACAGCCCGUCUUAACACCGCCUGAUCAGCUGGUUAUUGCUAACAUAGACCAGUCUGAUUUUGAAGGGUUCUCGUAUGUCAACCCCCAGUUUGUGCACCCCAUCUUACAGAGUGCAGUAUGAAACUCACCAGCAAGAACAAACACCUCCCCAGCCCCCAGCCCUCCCCGCAGUGGGAAGUGAUCCUUAACCCUAAAAUUUUAAGGCCACGGCCUUGUGUCUGAUUCCAUAUGGAGGCCUGAAAAUUGUAGGGUUAUUAGUCCAAAUGUGAUCAACUGUUCAGGGUCUCUCUCUUACAACCAAGAACAUUAUCUUAGUGGAAGAUGGUACGUCAUGCACAGUGUCCAGUUUAAUUCUGUAGAAGUUACGUCUGGCUCUAGGUUAACCCUUCCUAGAAAGCAAACAGACUGUUGCCCCCUUUUGGGUACAAUUUGAUAUACUUUCCAUACCCUCCAUCUGUGGAUUUUUCAGCAUCGGUAUCCCCCAACCAGAGAUGUUAAAGUGAGCCAGCCCCAGGAAACAUCUCCACCCAAGACGUCUUUGGAAUCCAAGAACAGGAAGCCAAGAGAGUGAGCAGGGAGGGAUUGGGGGUGGGGGAGGCCUCAAAAUACCGACUGCGUCCAUUCUCUGCCUCCAUGGAAACAGCCCCUAGAAUCUGAAAGGCCGGGAUAAACCUAAUCACCGUUCCCAAACAUUGACAAAUCCUAACCCAACCAUGGUCCAGCAGUUACCAGUUUAAACAAAAAAACCUCAGAUGAGUGUUGGGUGAAUCUGUCAUCUGGUACCCUCCUUGGUUGAUAACUGUCUUGAUACUUUCAUUCUUUGUAAGAGGCCAAAUCGUCUAAGGACGUUGCUGAACAAGCGUGUGAAAUCAUUUCAGAUCAAGGAUAAGCCAGUGUGUACAUAUGUUCAUUUUAAUCUCUGGGAGAUUAUUUUUCCAUCCAGGGUGCCAUCAGUAAUCAUGCCACUACUCACCAGUGUUGUUCGCCAACACCCACCCCCACACACACCAACAUUUUGCUGCCUACCUUGUUAUCCUUCUCAAGAAGCUGAAGUGUACGCCCUCUCCCCUUUUGUACUUAUUUAUUUAAUAGGCUGCAGUGUCGUUUAUGAAAGUACGAUGUACAGUAACUUAAUGGAAGUGUUGACUCUAGCAUCAGCCCCUACUGAUUGAUUUUCCUGCCUUCUCUAGCCCUGGAUGUCCACUUAGGGAUAAAAAGAAUACGGUUUUGGUUCCCAUUUCUAGUUCAUGUUGAAUGACAGGCCUGGAGCUGUAGAAUCAGGAAACCCGGAUGCCUAACAGCUCAAAGAUGUUUUAUUGAUAGAAGGAUUUCAAUAUGUUUUGCAAAUGCAUCAUGCAAUGAAUUUUGCAUGUUUAUAAUAAACCUUAAUAACAAGUGAAUCUAUAUUAUUGAUAUAAUCGUAUCAAGUAUAAAGAGAGUAUUAUAAUAAUUUUAUAAGACACAAUUGUGCUCUAUUUGUGCAGGUUCUUGUUUCUAAUCCUCUUUUCUAAUUAAGUUUUAGCUGAAUCCCUUGCUUCUGUGCUUUCCCUCCCUGCACAUGGGCACUGUAUCAGAUAGAUUACUUUUUAAAUGUAGAUAAAAUUUCAAAAAUGAAUGGCUAGUUUACAUGAUAGAUUAGGCUCUUACUACAUAUGUGUGUGUAUAUACAUGUAUUUGAUUCUACCUGCAAACAAAUUUUUAUUGGUGAGGACUAUUUUUGAGCUGACACUCCCUCUUAGUUUCUUAAUGCCACCUUUCGUCCUGGUUCCUCCGCCACUCUUCCUCUUGGGGACAACAGGAAGUGUCUGAUUCCGGUCUGCCUAGUACGUUGGUGCACACGUGGCAUUGCCGCAGCACCUGGGCUGACCUUUGUGUGUUUGCGUGUGUGUGUGUUUCCUUCUUCCCUUCAGCCUGCGACUGUUGCUGACUCCAGGGGUGGGAGGGAUGGGGAGACUCCCCUGUUGCUGUGUGUACUGGACACGCAGGAAGCAUGCUGUCUUGCUGCCUCUGCAAUGACCUGUCGUUUGCUCCAGCACGCACAAACUUUGUGAGACCAACACAGCCGUGCCCUGCAGGCACCAGCACGUGCUUUUCAGAGGCUGAGGACUUUCUUCCAGCCAUUGUGGCAUUGGCCUUUCCAGCCUUGGGAGGAGCACACUGCUUUGGUGAGACACCCCAUGCAAGGUCCUCAGAGUAGCCGGGUUCUACCACAAACAGAGACAGAAUGAAAGUAGCUGUCAGUCCUUGUAGAGAGCCGCUCUGUUUCCUCCCAGAAGCAUCUCCCAGCUAAGCUCGCGUUAUUUUUCUCCUCUGGCUGUUUGCCUGAAGUUCACAGAACACACAACCAUGAAAGGCUUUUUGAGGUGAGAGGCCCAGGUGGUCCUGGCAACCCUGAGUAGGAGAGACGGGGUAGGGAACGGGCCCGGCCAGAAAAGAACCAUUUCUUCUGCCAUCUUUUAUGCACCAUAGACAUCGAGACUCCAGGGGGUCCUGGCUCCCCUGUCCCUGCAGCCCUGCAGGUCAGUGCAUGAUCUGGGUUCGUGUCCUGACCAGGUGCUCCUCCUUUGAUCCGAGGGGAAAGGGACUGGUUUAUAGAAAGAGCCUAGGAGACAAAAGGGCCAGUCCCCCUGCCCAGAAUGGAGCAGCAGCAGGACAGACCCCCACGAGGCCCCCCCAGAGAGGAGGAAGAUCCCACGGAGGAACACAUGAGGUUAGGGACACUUGUUCAGCACCCCAAACAGCCUGCCUGUUUAAAGCAAGCAGCAGGCUCAGGCCUUCCCUGCAACCCCAACACCCACAAGUUUGUUUCUCUAGGAAACACAUUCACUGUCUCAGCUGGCUGUUACUCUCUCAGACCAUAUGGCAAAGUUUUCCAAGAAAAUGCCCCGACAGGGGUGCCCAGCACACUGCCUGAGGGACAACAGACAUCAGAACAAACCCCCAGGGAGAAACAGUCAAAAUCAGGGCCCGGUGCAGUGUUGUCAUGUGGAACCUGCUUUAUCCAUUGCUGAGUGUUGAAUGUGGGUAAUGGUUAGGGCUUUCCAGAUCUCAGCAGCCAAAGACAGUUAUUGUUGGAAGACUGUCAUGUAGAUAACCAUGAGCAAUGGCUCGCCUCAGAAUCAGUUCAUAAAAUUCUAUGGUACUGGCCCCUUCGUGGGUAUUGUGUGAAAUGAGAUGGUGGCGAGGGGUGCGCUGUGGAACUGCCGCAGCCACGCAGGAGGUCCCUGGGGGAUGCUUUGGGAAGUCCUUGCCCCUGAGCACUGCCUGCUUGCCAGGGCCUGCGGAGGUCUAGGCCACCUGGCAGAAUCUAGCACCGUCCGAAUCCCCGCAGGACCCAUGGAGCUAUGACCACACCAGGCCAUUCAAAUGGCUCUGCAUUAUCUUCCCUUGGAAGGUGGCCACUCCUCGGUGGCAGGGCCUUUCCCUGAGGCUGCAGGCCGUGGGCUGGCAGCCCGUCUCUUGGCAUUUCAAUUGAAGGUCACCAGGUGCUGGGUUUGAAAGGAAGUCACUGGAGUGCUGCCAGGGGCCGCCCUCCAAGGUUAAUGUGAGGCCCACAUCCAGGCAAGAACUAAUUCAAAAGGCAGAUCAGAAACCACGAGUCAAAAUUAUUGCUCCGGCAGUGCUUCCCUUCCUUUCAUCCACUGGCCUCGUGUGGUCCAUGCAGGGCCACCGUCUGCCCUUUCUGAUGCCACGUAUUAGGCCUUCUUAUUCAGAAUUUUGAUAGAAAACCAUGGGGCCAAGAGCUCUGGAAGCCUGGCCGGAAAGACCAAGGUUCAUGCAGCCCAACAAAUGAUUGUUGAGCACCUCUCGGAGCCAAAGUCCUUAGGUGAGUGUGGUGACUUCCUGGAAGGAGGAUGCAGACUUCCAGAGAGCCCCCUCCACGGACGUGCUGAGAAGGGAGAGGGAGGCGGGGGCUGUAGUCAGGAAGGAGCCAGAGAAGAACAGGGUUUGGGUGCAUCCAGAAAUAUGCCUGCAGUAGGAGGGAGAGGAAGGGGUGCCACCGUCAACGGCUUCCCAUCGGAGGUGGUUGGUGCAGAUGGAAGUUUCCGUCUGCUGGCCCUCAAGAGAGUGUUUUGCCAGGGACACAGUCUGUUCUUCCUCAGAAAACACCCCCCAAAUGCUAACAACAUCCCCACCAGCUGCUAGAAGCCCCUUUCACCUCCCCACCUUGAAGUAGCUCAUAGUUCUCUGGGCAGAGCCAGACCAUCCAGUGUACCCCAGAGGCCAGUAGGUUCCUGCCCAUUUUCCUCUCUGGCUUCCUGCCAAGAAUUAUGGCAGCUGAGGAUGAAUGGAGAAGUAAAAACAACUAACACCGCACAACUAACAACUAACACUGCAGUUCCCACCUGGUUCCACUUAGCAGGAGACAUUUCGGAGGGUUUUUUUUUGUUUUUGUUUCUGUUUUUUUUUUUUUUUUUUUUUUUGCUGGAAUUUGUUUUCUCAGUACUGAAAAGAGAAAAAGUGACAGUCUUGUAUUUUUAAAAGCCUCGGCAAGGUGAUACCACCUGACAGUCAUUUUCUCACGUUGGUUCUAAAGUCACCUAUUUCUUGUGUGUGCACAUCACACCAUUUCCUGUUUCUUUAUAACCCAACAAGGGUAGGAGUGCCUGUUUCCCCUGCUGGGCACACCAGACAAUCGUAAUCACAAAACAGGCACUGAGCCAGGGGCCCAAAGGGUGUGAUCGUGAGAGUUACCGGGACAGCAGUAGGCAUGACAGUCACCAGGAAGGACAAGGGUGCUCUGUUGUUAGUGGCCACACACCAAUUUGACAAGGAGUGUUGCGAAAUUUUUAUUUGUUUACUUAUUUAUUUUGAGAUGGAGUUUCACUGUUGUUGCCCAGGCUGGAGUGCGGUGGCACAAUCUCAGCUCACUGCAACCUCCACCUCCCAGGUUCAAGCGAUUCUCCUGCCUCAGCCUCCCAAGUACCUGGGACUACAGGUGCGUGCCACCACACCCAGCUAAUUUUUGUAUUUUUAGUAGAGAUGGGGUUUCACCAUGUUGGCCAGGAUGGUCUUGAACCCCUGACCUCAUGAUCUGCCUGCCUCAGCCUCCCAAAGUGCUGGGAUUACAGGCAUGAGCCACCACGCCCAGCCAAAAUAUUUUUUUUUAAGUCAUUUUCCUUAAGCUGCUUGGGCUACAUGUGAAAUACACUGGACAGUCAACAUUCCUGUCUCCUCCCAUUUGGGCUGAUGCAGCAGAUCCAGGGAAUGUUACCUGUUUCUGCUGCUAGAAGAUCCAGGAAAUUGGGAAGGUUACCUGAUGCACACAUGGAUGAAGGCCAUCAUCUAGAAAUGGGGUCAACCACAAUUGUGUUAAUUCCGUAGUGACAGGGAUUCUUCGGGAAGGUCAACAGUAUGAAGGAUUCUGACCCCUGUGCCUCCCAUCUGUGUGAUCAGGUGACAGUUAAUAACCGUGGAGGUCACACUCAGCCAUCCAACAGCCUUACAGUGACCCUACACAAAAGCCCCCAAAUUCCAAAGACUUUUUCUUAACCUAAAGGAAGAAAUUAUUUGUUAAUUCCAGUAGAGCAACUGAAUAUACUGGGCUAUUUGUACUUUUUUAUAGAGAACUUUAAUAAUAAUUCUUUAAAAAUGAGUUUUUAGAACAAAGCAACUGACGAUUUCCUAAGAUUCCAAUGCCCUGGAGCUUGUAGGAGGACUUAGCCUGGGUCAGCUGGAGCACCCCCGACCUGAUCUCCCACUGCCAGAUUUUCCCAUGCUCCUAGGGUAUGGAGUCCACGUGGGAAUGACUGCAAGUUCAGGUGGAACUUGGCGGACUGAUGCUCUGCGAGUUUUUAAUAGACACUGGGGACAACUGCUUAAGGUUUAGAAACUUCCAAACCACAGGAAAGACAUUUUUAGUGUCCCCCAUCCAGAGGCAGCCCUGGAAUAGGAUUCCCAGGGGUUUCUGGGACCCCUUUCCUUGCUCCAUGAGGCUCUGUGGCCGCCUUUUGGCAGGAGGAGGAUGCUUCCUUGGCUCUGUGCCCAGACCCGCCUGGUCCCCAGGUCUCUCACCUUGGGUGAAGAUUCAGAGAUGCCCUGUAAGGAUUUUGCCCACUGGGCAACCCAGAAAUACUUUGAUCUCCCGAGAUAUAAGAGGCGGCAGCAAACGUGCCUAUUGACGUCUGUUUCAUAGUUAUCACUUAUGCGAGUAGACAGAACUCGACUUUUCAGAAAAUAGGUGUCAAGUCCACUUUAUAAGAACCUUUUUUUCUAAAAUAAGAUAAAAGGUGGCUUUGCAUUUUCUGAUUAAACGACUGUGUCUUUGUCACCUCUGCUUAACUUUAGGAGUAUCCAUUCCUGUGAUUGUAGACUUUUGUUGAUAUUCUUCCUGGAAGAAUAUAAUUCUUUUCUUGAAGGGUUGGUUUACUAGAAUAUUCAAAAUCAAUCAUGAAGGCAGUUACUAUUUUGAGUCUAAAGGUUUUCUAAAAAUUAACCUCACAUCCCUUCUGUUAGGGUCUUUCAGAACAUCUUUUAUAAACAGAAGCAUUUGAAGUCAUUGCUUUUGCUACAUGAUUUGUGUGUGUGAAGGACAUACCACGUUUAAAUCAUUAAUUGAAAAACAUCAUAUAAGCCCCAACUUUGUUUGGAGGAAGAGGCGGAGGUUGAGGUUUUUCCUUCUGUAUAAGCACCUACUGACAAAAUGUAGAGGCCAUUCAACCUUCAAACACCAUUUGGUUAUAUAGCAGAGGAGAUGGAUGUGUAAAUUACUGCAUUGCUUUUUUCUUCAGUUUGUAUAACCUCUAAUCUCCGUUUGCAUGAUACGCUUUGUUAGAAACAUUAAUUGUAGUUUGGAAGCAAGUGUGUAUGAAUAAAGAUAAUGAUCAUUC